AUGUCCGAUCUCGAAGUCGCCAGCCAUUACAACUUGCCUUCCGAAUACCCUGAAGAAUGGCCCGCGGAGUUAGACGAGCUUGACCCGGACGAAGAGCAGUCUGUCGAGCAAAGCAAGUCCCGUGCCCGCAAGUCACGGUACUUCGCACUCGAGCGGACCCCUAGCGACUGGCGAAACUUUGGAUCUCGGCGCGGCAAGGAUGGCAGGGAAACUGCCCAGAAUGAUGAACCUGAUCCCCUCGGAACGGGUGACAGUGUCCUGAGGACCCUGAAGCAGAAGGGAUUACGGCUAGACGAUGAGGGCGGCAAACACUCGCGGUUCCUCCUAUCGUCUACCUCCUUCUCCCCCCGCGCUCUUCCUAAGUCUGCAUCACUAAAGGCUCUGGUGGAGGCCAAUUUUGAGCGAUUCGUUCGUGCCAAGGCAACCAUCGAUAGCGUAUACGCGGAAAUGCGAGACCAAGGCGUCGAAAAGGAACAGUCUUUAACUCCGCGCCGAUCUAGCCAUCUCCGAAACCUUUCGGGUCAGCGAGGCCCUUCUCCAUCUCCUUCCCAUUCCCCCGCUCCUGGCUAUGGUCGCUCGACGCGAAAAACUGCGCUUACCAAAGAAAGUGAAUAUGGUAUGAGGGGAAUUCGUGGCCCUCUUGUGGAAGCAUCUGUCAAGGCGGAAGAGGUUUGGGGACCUGCCUUGGGAGGCCGUGAUCGGGAGCAGAUGCUCAAGUCGGUAGUCGAGACGAUGGAAAAGCAGCGGGAUGUGUACGAAAUCGGAAGCUUGUUAUCCAAGUCCAUCCAGCAGCGGGAUUAUGAUUCGGUUUUUGAGCAAUACACCAAGGCGAGGACUCUUGCAAAUCGAGGCAAAGCAAUCGUUGAACAGGCAUCCAGCAGUCGCCGGCAACUUUCCGACCAUGAAGUACAUACCGUUUUGGCCAUGGGCCGCAUGUGGAUGGACGUGGAUCACCAGAUUGAAGAUUUUAAGCGAGAUCUUUGGAAACGACUGAGUGAUGCUCCGACGACUUCUACAACAAACACAACUUCAGGCCCUGUGGAAGAGCAUAUGGAACUCAUUGGCGCUCUAUUGGAAAUCGGGGUCGAAGAUAAUCCUAUUUGGAUAUGGCUCCGUAGUCGAUAUGAGUUCUUAAAGAUGAAAAUCACAUCAUUCUGCGAGCGUUGCAAGGUUGAGAUCGAAAUCCUACGGCGUCGACUUGCUGCCGAGGACAGGCCACCGCCUGAGGCUGUAGCAUCUUAUCUUCGUCUCGCGCCACGCGACAGCUCCGCCGAAGUUCCAGGAAGAUUAGACACCGAUCACGUUAUUGAGCUUUGGGGCUGCAUUCAAGCUUUCCUCACUAGACUCCUGUCAUCUCAAAGUGGACUUUUAGGAGAGGUGCUCGAUUUCUGGGAAGUGGCCACAUCGUUCAUCGAUGGUAGUCGACAAAGACUUCUUCCAACUGGAUUUGAAGGUGAAAGCCGAAAACACCAUCGUCUUUCACCUGAGAAUGUGGACGAACUUGAAAGAGGGGUUGUGGAGUUGGUCAACCUUAUUCGAGAACACGUCCUAGAACUGUUCAAUGGCCCUCCAACGGAGGAUGUGUCUCUUCUGUCAUCCCCGAUUCCGCCUAGCCCUACAAGCCCCCAAUCGCAUGGUGUUACGCCAACAGAGUCCCGCUUCAAAUUGGAACCAAAGAACAUUCCGUUGGUCAUGCCUCGCCAUGGAGAACACUGGGAGGAGUUUGCGUUCUGGCCUCCGUGGUCUAACUCUUUGAGUGGUGUUCACUAUCUCAGCAAGUUCCUUGUCAUAAUCGGUACUGCUGCAAGCGAAAUGGCAGCUUUACGCCCUGUCAACAUUCAUGGAAGGGCCCAUGAACUUCUUAAAAGUCUCGUUAGCACCGCUCGUGAGAGAUCUGCCCGAGUGGCAUGCACGGCGUGGAGCAAGGAUGCCGAGGUUUGUAAAAUGCUCGAGGAUUGGACUCGAGACUUGGAGAAGCGAGAUCUCACAAAAAUGCCCGGAUUCUUCGUGGCUUUUGAGAGCGCAAUUCUGGGCGGUAUGCAGAAGAUCUUGUAUAUCUCUGAGGCCAUGGCCAAGUCUGGCUCGGUAGAUGUCGUGACUCAACCACCAGCGAAGCUACUUCAAAUGGUUCGCACGCAGUUCGUGUCUAGUAUCUACAAAGCCCUCAGUGGGCUGGUGGAAAAUGCUGAGAAUGCAACAACCGCGGACGAAGACAGCGAGUGGGUUAUCGCGCGGCCAGUCAUGACAAGCCAGGUGCUUGAUGCUGCGCUAGCGGUUCUUGCUGCCGACUCGGUGGACUCCCAGGACAGGAACAUUCGGAUCCUUCUUACUUUGUCGAAUCUCAAGGCCCUCCAAGCCGAACAUGUGCCGCAGCUAAUAUCAAAUUUCGAGACUGCCUUUUCCGUUAAACUAACCGAAGAGAGCAAGACUGUGCGGGAUGUUCUCAAGCAGAUUGAAGACCGGUUAUUCCAGUCAUACACCACCCCUACGAUCGAAUCCCUAAAGAGCACCAUCUCCACGGGUAUUGAGUCUCCUAACUGGGCGCCCUCGACGGAUCACCCUGAUCAGGUGAGACCGUAUGUCUAUAACACAUUACUCACGCUUGUACUUGUCCAUACCGAGGUCUCGACAACAAUACCAUCCACUGUCUCAGCAGGCGCCAGUCGCUCUUCGCCUAAUGCUCCUUCCUCGCUCCUCGCUACCAUUCUUAAUCAUCUUCUGGUGCAAAUCUCGUCUUUUUUGCUCGCAUCAUUCCGCUCCAAGACCAACUAUGACCUUGGCGGUCUUAUGCAAGCGACCUUGGAUACAGAGUUCCUCGCGCAGACCUUAUCCCACUACUCAACGGAAGAGGCAUCCGAGAUUCAGAGUCAAAUCUACAUCGAACUAGACCGGCGCACUACGAACGAAGCUCGGCAAAAGUUACAAGCUGAACUCGGCGAGAUGCGAGUUGUGCUGAAACGUCUGAGAGACCGGACGAAAGGAGAAUUUGCCUGCUUUAGGCGGUCACGGGGCGGGUCUAGGGAUAAAUCUGCAUAG